AUGGUGUCAUCCAGAAAGAAAUCUCAAUGUGCAAUUGGAUCAAUGCUUGAUCUAUUAAAUGAGCCAGCAACAAGUAGAUCUCAUAACCAAGAAAAUAACUCCAAUUGUUCUAACUCUCUCAAUUCUUCUUCAUCUACUGAUUCUGAAUCUUUGCACACCUCUGAAUCAUUUGAAGAUGAUAGUGAUGAUGAGCAAAAUGCUAACAACAAUGAUCCACUAGAAGAAGAUACAAUUGGAAGAGGUCCAACAAGGCAGGGAUUUCGAUGGGGAACCGGUGAGAAAAUGAUAUUGGAACUUAAUGAUGAUAACCAAGUGGUUGGAAGCAUGGCUGCUGAAUUUGCGACUCAAUUGGGGGUUUUAGCUAAAGAAGGAAACAAGUUACCCCUCAUUUACACAGAUUGGCGUGCAUUGCCUAAGCCAAUGAAAGAUGAUGUGUGGGCUGAAGUGAAGGAGAACACAAAUCUUACCGAUGUUUAUAAGAAGACAUGUUUGCGGAGGGUUGGCAAGCUUUGGAAGGAUUUUAAAAUGAGAACAAAAGAAAAGUACUUUCGCCCACACAGGCGAGACAAAACCUACUUACUAGCUAAUCGUCCAGGAAGAAUUGAAGAGGAUCAAUGGCCUGCAUUGGUUAACUAUUGGCUUUCCAAGAGAGCAAGGGCCACCUUAAAGGCGUUGAAGCAACAAUUGCCACCUGAGUUGCAAGAUGAUAUUGAGGCUAAUAAUAAAAUUUUUGAAGACGUCAUUAGAAAAGAUGCUCCAGGAUGCCUACGCAGCUGUAAGAUUGUUUCAAAAAGUAAGAAAGUGUUCACCUCUCAACAAGAAUUUGAUCGAGCAGUUGAUGAGAGAGUUGCAAGCAUUCAACACAAUUUGGAGAUUAAAUUGCAGAAUGAGAUGGAUGAAAGAUUAUCCAAAAUGAAAGAUGAUUGGCUUGCCGAAAUGAAAACAAUGAUGCAGGAUCAAUCUUCUAGCUUUGGCAGUCAAAUACCCAGGAAAUUCAAAAGGUUACAUGAUGAUGAAGCUUUCAAAAAUCUGCUAGGUUUCUAUGUUUGA